ACAGACACAUACAACAACAGUAGGAGUUGGAAACCUAAAGCGAAAAAUAAGUACUUUAUACAGACGCUUCCGAACAAUACAGAGCUUUAUUUGUUUUAGGAAAACAUUGGUGUAUUGAGUUAUAGAGUAGGAAGCUGAGUCAGAGAAAGGUUUGAGGAGUGACAGAAUAACUACACCAGACUGCGCUUCUGGAUUCAUCACAAGACUCCAGGCACAUCACCUUUCCUCGCUCCCCCCCCCCCUCCACCCCCACGUCCGUUCUGUGUGGUCAUGACGCAGAGCCAAUUCGCCACAAGUGCCCUUAUCCUACUGAUCAUCCUGCUGGGACUCACGCUAACCCUUCCGUCUGCCACCUCCGUCCCUGUGCCGACUGAGACACACAGCCCCAGCAACAGCCAUGCUCCUCCACCUCCUGGGCUUAGGCUACCAGAGGGAGAAAGGGAUGUGCAGGAAGGGAAGAAGGUCGGACUUCCACGGAGAGAGAGAGCAGAGGAGGAGGAAGAGGGGGAGCUUUUCGGAAACAUGGACCCCAAAACAUUAGCGGCCGUUCUGCUGGAGGCGAUGAAUAAGCCGCACGGGGAGAGGAUGAACGGAGGCGUGGAGGAUGGGAGGAAGGAUGAGGAGAGAGGAGAGGAGGAAGAGAGGGAAAGUCAAGAGGAGAAGGGAGAGGAGGUGAGAGCUGCGUUGGAGGAGGGAGCGGACCGAGACAGGGACGGUCGAGAGGAACUCGAGUUGGUGAUGGCCGCCGCUGCAGAGCAGGGCACGGAGGAGCGACAGACGGAGGAGGAGGAAGAGAGGAAGAGAGCACAGGAGGAGGAAGAAAGACUAACAGAGAAGGUGACUAGCCGUACCACCAGCCAGACUGUUCCUGUGAAGGAGAAACAACCUCCGACAGUAGAAGGAAGAGGGGAGGAGGUGGGAGUAAAGGAGGUAGGGGCCAGAGAGGAGGCGCAGAAGGGACCUCCCACCUCCCAGGAGAUCCAACAAGAGGAGCAGGAGCAGCUAAGCCCAGAGGAGGUGCAGAACCUCCAAACCAUGUUGGAGGAACUACAGAACUACAACACAGCCAACAAGAGAGAGAGGGAGUCCCAGGCCCAGGAGCAGAGAGAGAGGGAGAGCAGGGGCUACAACCAACAUGACACAGACCAAGCCCUGAUGGACAACCAGAUAAAACCUAAAGCGAAAGGUGGAUAUCCACUAGCCAUGUCCAAGAAGAAGCUCAAAUGGCAGGAGGAGACUCAGAAAGCCCUGAACAUGCCCACCUAUAGAGGUGGCAACUUCAUGGACCACUUUGACGACAAUCUGGCUCACCAAGCGGCUGAGGAUGAGGAGGAUGAUGAGGGAGACGAAGAUGAGGAGGAGGUGUUGAGCCCCCAGGAAGAGGAGAGGAGGGCGAAGGAGGAGCAGGAGGAGGUCAGGAGGCAGGCGAAGGAGGCGCAGAGGGCCAAAGCUGAGGAGGAGAAGUUGGCGGAUAUUGCCUCAGACAUGCUCCUGCAGUACAUGGUUAAACAGGACAGAGGGAAGUACUCCAACCAGAACAAGAAGACCCUGCUGUCUAACGCAGCCGAGGACAAGCGCUCCGAUGAGGAGGUGGUCAGCGAGGAUGACGAUAUUGAUCCUCAGACCAUCGAUAAGCUCAUCGAAAUCUCCAGUAAACUCCACCUCCCAGCAGAUGACAUUGUCGACAUCAUCAGCGACGUCGAGAAGAAGAAGAAGAAAGACACUCCUGAGAUGUUACCCUGGCAACGACCCCAGCAACGACCCCUAGUUCCCCCAGCAGCCCCCGCCUUCGACACCCAGCCUUCGGCCCCACGCAAUCCCACCCUGAAUCAGCCUUCUCCAGCCAUCAACCCCCUCAAGGCCUGGUUCAUGGACAUAUCCUCCUCAAAACAAGACCCAAACGUCUGGAUCAAACCGCGACACAAGUCCUUUCGGACCUCCUCCUCCAACUACCCUGCCUAUCCCUUCUACCAACAGAGGCCUUACCGAGGGUACUACCCCCUCUACUUCCCCCCUCCCAAGCCCAAACCUCGCUACUACGCCAAAUCCUCCCUCAAUGACCUCCUGUCGAAUUCUCUGGACUACGACUUUGACUUCCCUCCCAAGAGGAGGUACCGUCCCUGGGUACAACCCCGCCCGAGGGAUCCCCCCGUUGCUCUCCGGCAGAAGCUCUACUACCCCAAAUACCUCCUCCCCUCACACCCCCGGACAUACAACCACCUCCCCAUCCCCAUGGCCAAAUCCCGGUCGUCGCCUCCCAGGGGUCAGGUUCAGCCUCGACGUCGGCAUGGUUACUAUUACCAAGCGCCCCCAGCGCCUCUAGUGACCCGGGACCAAGAUUAUUAUGGGAUGCAGGGGUUGGGGCAGCAGCAGCAAGACAGUGACGAAGACCUGGAGAACUACAUUCAACAGGUCUUUAUGAAACCCAGACCCAGAAUGUAUCAGUGAAAGGAGAGGAGAGAAAGAAAGAUGGAGUGCGAGAGAGAGAGAGAGGAGAGAGGGAGAGAGGAGAGAGAGAGAGAGAAAGGAAAAG